AUGAUACUAUUCACUUGCAUUAGCAUAAUUGCUGGCUGUCUGCUGUGCUCUUUAGCAUUUACGAUGGAAAAUACGUUUCAAGAUAUCAGACAAUUUGCAGGAUGUGACAUUGGAGAAAAUCAAAAGCGAAAGAUUUUGAACUUCAUGAAAAGAUUUGGAAAAGUCUCUCUCUGUCUCACAAUUGGUAUAUUUUUGAUUAUUGACAAGAGAAUUCCCCUGAAGAUGGCAAAAACGUUGCAUUCAGUUUUCUCUGGUUUCAAAAAGCUAAAAAGCAUUUCGAAUGAAGAACAAAACUGUUCACAGAUUUAUAAAAUUAAUUUCACAGAAACGAAUUAAAACAAUUAAUAAAUAAAACCUCUGUAGGAAUGUUUUAUUAGAAAAGUUUUAGUAUAAAGUCUUUCUCGGCAAU